AUGGCCUCAGCGCAGCGAACCAUGAUCAGGCAGACACUCGUCGGGAGCUAUUUCAACAAGGAAAGACUGCAAAGGUGUCUGGAGCGUACAUUUCAAGAUCGAGACGGGCAAUUCGGACUGGAGAUGAGAGAUGGAAAAUGGUCGUUCUUGGUGCCUAGGAUGGUGACCGAGGAUGAGAUAAAGUUUGCUCGUCUCUCUGGCACUUGA